AUGGAACCCUUUUCAUUUGCAACUUCAGAAGCUUUGGAGAUUCCCGUAAAUAUUAGAAUCUCUCACUCGGACCUUUAUGUUACUGUGCAAUUAUGGGCCGACUCGAAACCGUUGACCGUACCCGUUCAAACGGCUUACAAACCGUUCAAAAAUGAGAGGAAAUGGAAUGAAUGGCUUACCUUACCUAUAAACUGUUCGACAAUACCUUUGAGCUCUCAACUCGCGAUUACCGUCUGGGAUCUUUCUCCAACGGGAGGUGACGGGGCACAAGGACAUGCUGUGCCUUUCGGGGGAACUACACUACGGCUGUUCGAUAAGGAAAAUCAGCUACAAAAAGGUCGUCAAAAAUGUUUUUUACAUCGUCGAAAGGCUGCAGAUGGCCUGGAUUCGUCCUCCACGCCCUCGACUUUACCUAAUAUCCGCCGCAACGGGACCAAGCUGAAGGGCGAAGACGGAUUAAUAGAUAAAGAGAGUGAAGAAUUAGACAGGCUGGAAAAGCUCUUCAAGAAGCAUGAGAUGGGUGAAAUUCCACGCAUUGAAUGGUUGGAUCAAUUGGUUUUUAGAGGUGUGGAGAAGCGAGGCCUACAAGCAUCUAAUACCUCGCUGAAGAACAUUCAAUGCAGACGAACUCGGCAAAAAAGUGUGGUCUUGACUCUUGACGGUGCAGAGGAAAAGACGUACGAGAUUGAGAACGAGGUAUCAGAGGACGAUCCGUCCAAGGACGAAAGAUUCACCCUUCAUGUAGAGCUACCAAGAUAUGACUUUCCAGUGGUGUUUGCCGACCAUGAAUACCCUCCGCCACCUAUAUCUUCGCUACAGCACCUCUCUUCCUCUCAGUCAAAUAUUAUCCUCAAACCUCCUCCAGAAGUUCAAUAUGGACCGGGCAUCAAUGGUUUGGGUGAUAAUGACGAGCAUGGCUUUGGUGGACGCCUUGUAAGAGUUUAUGACCCUGAAGUCGGAGCUAGAGACAAUCCCGCGGAGAGUAAACAUCGUCGUUUGGUGCGAAGUCACCGGACUGGAGUACUAGAUCGUGACCUCAAACCAAAUGCCAAAGUCCGGGACGAGUUAAACAAUAUUAUAGCAUAUUCGCCAACGCACAUCUUGUCGCCAGAGGAAAAGGAUCUUGUUUGGAAAUUCAGGCAUCAUCUUGCGAGAGACAAGAGGGCACUCACAAAAUUCAUCAAAUCUGUGAAUUGGAAUGACUCAAACGAAGCCCGUGAAGCGGUGGCCAUGUUAAGCAAAUGGACCGAGAUUGAUGUUGAUGACGCUUUAGAGUUACUGGGACCGACCUUCGAAAACCCCUCUGUGAGAGCCUAUGCAGUAGAUAGACUGCGAAAAUCAGACGACGAUGAGCUACUGCUUUAUCUUUUGCAGCUGGUACAAGCUCUUAAAUUCGAGCAUAUUUCACCCGAUUCAGCUGAAGAUGCGACACAUGAUUCUUCCCUCGCACGGCUUCUUAUCUCGAGGGCAACAAGUAACUUCAUGCUUGGAAAUUUCUUUCAUUGGUUUCUCAUGGUGGAAUGUGAUGAUAAGAGCGAAGAUCAAGGGGCUGGUUAUCGUAAACUGUUUGCAAAGGUCGAAUACGAUUUCAUGACUGAACUAGUAAAACAGCCUGAGGGAAUCGAGACGCGAAAGGUUUUACUGCGCCAAGCGGAGCUCAUUACGAUGCUUUCCAGAGUUUCUGAAGAUAUAAAAACUUCGAGGGACACGAUACCUCGAAAGGCCGAAAGAGUAAAGCAUUUUCUUGCUGACCCUAAGAAUGAACUUAUCACUAUAGACCCACCCUUGCCCUUACCACUAGAUCCUUCCAUAAUGAUCACGGGUGUGGAUCCUUCCGAGACGAAUGUUUUCAAGUCAUCGUUAUUCCCUAUCAUGAUGACCUUUAAGACAACCACCAAGCAAAAAUACCAAAUCAUUUUCAAGACGGGAGACGACUUGCGUCAGGACCAGUUAGUUAUCCAAAUCAUUACUCUUAUGGACCAACUAUUGCAAAAAGAGAACUUAGACCUCAAAUUGUCACCCUAUAAAAUUCUUGCGACUGGAGCAACUGCCGGAGCUGUUCAAUUUGUUCCGUCGAUGAGCUUGCAGAGUAUCGUCAACAAGUUCAGAGGCAACACCGUACUCAACUACCUCAAAUCCAAUAACCCUGAUGACAAGGCAUCACUUGGCGUUCGCAAGGAAGCCCUGGAUGUCUUCAUUAAAUCGUGUGCAGGAUACUGUGUGAUCACCUACCUUCUCGGUGUCGGUGAUCGCCAUCUGGAUAAUCUUCUUCUGGCGCCAGAUGGUCAUUUCUUUCAUGCUGACUUUGGCUUUAUCCUUGGUAGAGACCCCAAGCCAUUCGCGCCAGCUAUGAAACUUUGCAAGGAAAUGGUAGACGGUAUGGGUGGAUCCAUGUCGGAACAUUAUCCACAAUUUAAGCAGUAUUGCUUCACGGCUUAUACAACGUUACGGAAGUCUUCUAAUUUGAUUCUCAAUCUUUUCAGUCUCAUGGUUGAUGCUAACAUUCCGGAUAUCAAACUUGAGCCAGAUAAAGUUGUAUUGAAGGUCAAAGAACGUUUUCAUCUGGAAUUAAGCGAAGAGGAUGCAAUUAGACACUUUGAAAGGCUGAUUGAGGAUAGUGCGAAUGCUAUCUUUCCCGUCGUCAUUGAUAGGUUGCAUGGUUUUGUGCAGCAUUUCAGAUAG